AUGUGUCUGGAUGUGUGCAGCUCCAACACCAUUGAAGAAGUUCAGAUGGAAACAGGCUUGAAUGGCACCACGUCCACCAUGCUAAAUAUUCCGUCCCUGCACACCGACCCACAUGGUCUCAAUGUAGACCUUUUACUGCCACAACUGAUCGGUUUCUUUGACAGCACCUCCCGAACCUCUGUCCCCCAAAGGGCAAGGCCAGAAGGCAGGGUUCUAAGCGAGCAUCUUGGAGAGAAGGAGGUGGAAUUAUCGCUGUUAUUUGAUUGGGUGAAGGAGGCCGACCUGGGGAAUUACACCUGCAUUGUAGAAAAUCGUAUUGGACGCACUCAAGCCAGCAUCCUUCUCCAGAGAAAAGACCUGAUGUACAGAGUGGAGCUUGCAGGCGGCUUGGGAGCGAUCCUUCUCCUCAUCACCUUCCUUGUAACUAUUUACAAAUGCUACAAUAUCGAGAUGAUGCUCUUUUACCGGAGCCAUUUUGGAAGUGAUGAAACAGAAGACGAUAAUAAGGAAUAUGAUGCAUAUCUGUCAUAUACCAAAAUCGACCCUGAUUCACUCACCCAAGAAAACAGGAAAGAAGAGCAAUUUGCAUUGGAAAUUCUACCAGAUGUGCUGGAGAAGCAUUAUGGGUACAAACUAUUUAUUCCUGACAGGGAUUUAAUGCCGAGCGGAACUUACAUUGAAGACUUGGCAAGGAGUGUUGAUCAGAGUCGAAGGCUGAUUAUCGUGUUGACACCAGACUAUGUCAUAAGACGUGGGUGGAGCAUAUUCCAGCUGGAGAACAGACUGCAUAACAUGCUUGUGACUGGAGAAAUCAAAGUUAUUUUGAUCGAAUGCCCUAAUGUGCAAGGGAUAAUGAACUAUCAUGAAAUUGAAGCCUUAAAAGACAAUAUAAAACUUUUAUCUGUCAUCAAGUGGUGUGGACCUAAUUGUAACAAACUAAACUCUAAGUUUUGGAAGAAAGUCCAGUACGAGAUGCCCAUUAAGAGAAAGGAGCCAGUUACACGUGGCCAGGUCCUGGAUUCUGGUGAACAGGGUAUCUUUGGAGAACUGCAAGCUGUCUCAACGGUUUCCAUGGCAGCAAACACCGCCACGCUUGGACCUCCCCCGGCAGAACUGCCACCAAACUUUCACAAAGCAGAUCAUAUGCAAAUGAGGCAUUACUGUCGAACUUACGAGUACGACUUUUCGCCUACGUCAGUGCCCAUUACCUCGAUUAGCAAUCAACACACCUACGGCAAUAUUCCAAUGACCCUCAUUAAUGGACAGGUGCCACAGAUCAUUAUCACCAGAGAUCCUUCCCUCCGGGACAACCCCAUGAGCAAUGAAUGCCUGCCAAUGUCUUCAAGAGAGAUCGGUAUCACGAGCGAUAUCUGGUAAGGGUUGGGCAGAAGGGCCCAGUUCCCCUGUCUCUCCACAUUUCCAUCCAAAGGCUCACAGGAUAGAAAACCUAACAUUAAACUCACGAGCCGUGAACACUUCUGCAGCCAUGCAAUAUCCUAGAAUAAUGUUAUCUUUUAGACAUUGUAUGUGUGAGCUUGUAUAUUUUAGUUUGAAGUUUAAGAAGAUUGUCAGCCUGUGCUAUAGAUUGGCUUUAACCCUUUCCUGCACAAAGUUGCCAAAUCUGAAUCAGCUGAUGAUAGCAGAUGUUGUUUUGAGUGGGUCACUGUGUCUUCACGGUCAGUACAAAACUUAUGAACCAAUUAUUGGAACUCUUCCCCCCUAAAAAGCUGGGGUAUUGAUUGAAACUAUUGAUACUGUGAUGAACUUAUUUUGUCAGUCUUGGGCAUUAAGGGUUAUGGAAGGAACCAAAGGAUGUUGAGGGAGCUAAUCAUGAUUUAAUCGAAUGUGGGAACAUGUUCGAGGGGCCAAAUAGUUUCUUCCUGUUCGUAUGUUCCCAGCCGCAUAGGCUGCAUAUACUUGAUAUACAUUGUUAGAAGUGAGGACACUAGAGAUUCUUAUUUUCGUUUCCAUUUGUAUUCUGCCAGCUGUGUGCUUCACAGAUGUUGGCUCCAGUGGGACAUAACAAUAUCACUGGAAGCAAAGGGGAGCCUUGAGCAGCCAUGAAUUCCAACCAGGUUUUUAAAAACCCAUAGCCAAAUCUU